UGGGUCUAGCCUGUGACCUGGAGCUGGGAGGGAGGGUUCUUGCUCUCCCGACCCCUCCCUCCACACAUGGCAGAAGAAAAACCAGGCACAGGGAUGAAGAGCAACCUCUCUGACCUACCCCAAGUUACUCUAGAUUCUCCCAGAGCUGUGGGGAGUAGGGGUAGACCUUGACCCCUCCCCCAGGCCAUCCUAGCCUCCUUCCCCGGGGUUGGGGGGAAGGGAAGUAGCAAGAAGGGGAAGUUGCCUGUCCCCAUUUGCUUCAGAGUUACUGUCUGAGCAUUGGGCUCUGGCUCCUCAGCCAUGGACACCCAAGAGACGCCUCUGAUGGAUGGGCUCCUCUACCAGCAACAUGUGAAAUUUGGCAAGAAAUCCUGGCGGAAGGUGUGGGCCUUCCUUUAUGCCGAUGGCCCUUCAGGAGUGGCCCGACUGGAAAGCUGGGAUGUAAGAGAUGGUGGUGGUGGACCAGCAGGGGACAAACCCACGGGGCGUCGGGGUGAGAGGCGAGUGAUCCGGCUGGCCGACUGUGUGUCUGUGCUGCCAGCAGAUGGUGAGAGCUGCCCUCGGGACACCACUGCCUUCCUUCUUACCACCACCGAACGCAGCCACAUGCUGGCUGCUCAGCACCGGCACACAUGGCUGGCUCACAUAUGUCAUCUGGCAUUUCCGAGCAUGAAUGGCAGUUCCUCAGGGACCGGUGAAUUUGGUCCUGCUGAGCCUGGCUUGGUCCCCAUGGAGGAAAAUUCCAUCUAUUCAUCCUGGCAGGAAAUGGGAGAGUUCUCAGUACUGGUCCAGAAGACAGAGGCGGCCACUCGCUGUCAGCUGAAAGGCCCUUACCUCCUAGUGACUGGCCACGACGCCAUCCAUCUGAGUGAGCCCACCGCCCCGAAGCCCCUCUACGUCUGGCCCUAUCAUUUCCUUCGCAAGUUUGGCCAUGACAAGGGUGUCUUCUCUUUCGAGGCUGGCCGGAGGUGUGACUCUGGUGAGGGCCUCUUUGCCUUCAGCUGCCCCCGGGCCUCGGAACUCUGUAGUGCUGUGGGGGCAGCUAUUGCUCGCCAGAGAGAGCUGCCCGGGCCUGCCACUGCCCGGCCCUGUCCCCUGUCGAGGGCCUCCUCCCUGCCCUCCUUGGAGCCCGUGGGGGAACUGCGAGAGGCACCGCUUGGGCUCGAGGCCUGGGGAGGCCCACCCUCUAAUGGAAAAGCUCGAGUGGUGCUGGAAACAGGCCCCCAGAGCCUGCCGCCCUGCCUGGGGACUUCACUACCAGAGGGAUCCUCCUUGGCUGGCCCUUCCAGUUCUGUGCUCUAUGCCUCCGUGUCCAAGUGGCCCAGCGGCCCUUCCCGAAAGGCUCCCGAUCCAGCCUCAGCUCCGGCUCUGGCUCCAGCCCCCAUCCCCGUGGCAGAGCACCUGUAUGAAAACCUGUGCGCCUUGGAGGAUGGCUUCGGCACUGAGCAGCGGGGGGAAGGCCUGCUGCAGGCUUCCCACGGUGGCCACAAGGACUACCACAUCUAUGACAACAAUGAGUGUCUGAGCUGGCCCAGCCCUCAGACCACCAUGGAUAGCACCCUGGAGGCCCAGUACCGGAGGCUGCUUGAGUUGGACCUGAAUGAGGAAGGUGCAGAGGAGGCUGAGGACAAUGGACCUGGGCGCCUCUUGGGUCACUCCGGCUUCAAGGCUAGGCUUGUGACCCUGCUGAGCAGGGAGCGGAAGAAGGUCCCAGCUCAGAGGAACCAGGGACUCGGGCCAGCAGAGGGACAGGCCUGAGAGAGCACCUUAUACCUGGGCUGGGACCCGGCCGCCCAGCUCUGUGCAGCACCCCUUCCCCACUCGAAUCAUGUACAGUGUACAGAAAUUUCUUAAUAAAGGCCCUUUAGCCCCUCC